CUCUCUCUUUCAUCUGAGAACACGUUCUGUUUCUUCUUCUCCCACCACAAGCAAAUCGACCGGACCGAACCACACCACCGCCGGCGAGCUGCGACUGCGACCACUCUCCCUCCAUCCAUCAUCGGUUUACCAUCGCAUCCUCCUCCUCAGCUAUCUUCAUCUCUCUCCACAGAAAACCCUAAUUGUUGUAAUUUGUAAGGUGAGUAGUAACUAAGGUUGAAGUGUAGACAUUGGUGGCUUAAACAAUGGGAUCUAACUCAUUAAAGGAUUAUCUAAAAAAAUAUGUGAGCAACCCUGAUGAUGACAAGAAAAACAAGAAGAAAAAGAAGAGGAAAACUCAACCACAACCAACUGGCUUGUUAGUUGUAGACGAAGAUCCAACCUGGCAGAAACCUGUAGAUCUUGGAGAAGAAAACGAUGACAAAUCGUCAGAUGAGGAGAAGCCGAUAGUUGAUGAAGACAUUGAAGUAAAGCGUAUGAAGAGGCUUGAGCAGCUGAAGGCUAGACGUGCUUAUCAUGAUAUAUCCGAGGAUGGAAGUGGUUGGGUUCCACUUUCAAAUAAUGAUACAUCUCCACCCCGUAAACAGAGGGUUCGAAAUGACACUCCUUCACCAGAACCUGAAGUGAAUCCAUCAACUUCUAAUAGAACGGGUGCUGAUUUAUCCCCUUCGUGCCGGCAGUUGAAACGCUAUGACACUCCAUCACCUGAACAGGACUCACAACAUUCUGGUGGAGGGAAUUCUGAUUUAUCUCCUCCUCGUAAACACAGAGAUCAGAGUGUUACAGAUGUAGCUCGUGAACCAAGGUCAUCUAGAUCAAAGUUUGAAGAUAGUGAUAUGUCACCUCCUCGACGGAAACAUGUUAGUAAUUCGAGUCCAGAUAUUUCCCCUCCUCGCCGUCGUAGUCAUCAAACAUCUGGAUCCAAUGGGAGAAAAAAAUAUGAAACUUCUGAUUUGGAAGAUCUUUCUCCACCUAGACGUGGUCGUCGUGAUUCCCCCUCUCAAGAUACUUUACAUGGACAAGUGUCAUCUGACCUUUCACCACCGAGGAGACGCCAGCAUAGUGUGGCAAGGUCGAGUUUAUCUGAUGUUUCUCAUCGUUCGGUGAAAGCUGUUUCGCAUCAAUCUUUGGACAGUGACCUCUCUCCACCAAGGAAGAAUCCAAAGGAGUUAUCCAUUCCAGCAUCUGUUAAUGAAAGAAAAACAGGUUUAAUUUCUGGUAAGGAUAUGAGAGAAGAGAUCGACAGAAAAAGGAAGGAUGAUUUGUUGAGACUUAAACAGAUGGACCCUGUCAUCAGUGGGCGUGGAGCUGAACCUGUAUAUCGUGAUAACAAAGGAGGACGCAUUACCAAAGAGGAAUAUGUAAAGUCAAAACAGAAAGUAGACGAAAAGCCCAAGGAGAUUAAAAUAGAAUGGGGCAAGGGCCUUGCUCAAAAGCGGGAAGCUGAGGCUAAGCUAAAGGAACUAGAAGUUGAGAAGGAAAAGCCUUUUGCGCGGACCAGAGACGAUCCUGAACUUGACAAGUUGAUGAAGGAGAGGGUGAGAUGGGGUGAUCCUAUGGCACAUCUAGUAAAGAAAAAAUAUCCAGAGCCUGUUCUUCCAAACUUGGGGGAUAGUGAUAAAAUGAGGGAAUCUGGUUUUGUUAUUCCUCAAGAUAUUCCAAAUCAUAGCUGGUUGAAGAGAGGUUUAGAAGCUGCUCCAAAUCGGUAUGGGAUUAGGCCAGGACGACACUGGGAUGGUGUUGAUCGUAGUAAUGGGUUCGAGAAGGCAUUGUUCAAGAGAACUAAUGAGAGACAAGCUAAAGACAAAGAGGCUUAUCUUUGGUCUGUGUCUGAUAUGUGAAAACUGACAUUAUAACAGUAUACAAAGGGUGGUUGAUCGUGCAAAUCUCCCAAGUAUUCAGGGAACCAGCAACAUUGGGAGGCAUGUUUGUAAUGAAAUAUGAACUUGAGGGAUUUAAUGUUGAAUAUGGCAAAAGAUUGUGCAAUGGGAAAGGCUUGGUUUCAUCAUUCUAGACACUAGAUAAUUGAUAACCCAUGGGGGCGUUUGUUUCAGGGAUUCAUAAAUUAAUCCCAGGAAUAACUUACCUGGGAAUAAAGUAGUGGGAAGUUUAUUCCUGGGUAUUUUAAAAAAAAGUGUUUGGUUAGUAUUUUAAUUUUUCAGGAAUAUUUUCAAAAAAUGUUCCCAUAAAUAGCUAAUUGUUGUUUAGUUUAGAAUAUAUAUUCCUAGAAAAAACAUGAUACAGUUACAAAAAUACCUCUACCUUGUUUCUAAA